GCCAUGUGGAUCCAGGAGAGGAUGACCUGCAGACAGCCUUCCGGGAAACACAAGAAGAGGCUGGUCUUCAGGCCAGUCAGCUCACCCUCAUAGAGGGGUACAAAAAAGAACUGCACUAUCCUGUCCGUGGCAAACCGAAGACCGUCAUUUACUGGCUGGCAGAAAUGAAGGACUGUAACACCGAAAUCAAGCUCUCAGAGGAGCACCAAGCUUUCCAAUGGCUGAAGCUGGAGGAUGCUUGCAAAUUUGCAGAAUAUGAGGACAUGCAAGCAACACUGAAAGAAGUACAUCAAUUUCUCUGCUCCAAAGAAUAA